AUGUCAUCCACAAACGGGCUUUCGGCUCGUUUCGAUCGGGUUCGAGAGCACCCGCACUAUGACGAAGUGCCCGUCGGCUCCUUGCCUUGGAAUCAGGAAAUCCCGUACCAUCUUGGCGGCGGGGUGCCAGCCGUCAGUUCUGACCCACUACCGCCUCCACCUCUCCCAAUGGACCCUCCAAUAGGCCCAGAAUUCUACCCGAGCGACUCUGAGGACCAUCCAGACAGUGCGAUGGACAUCAAACCAGUGCGCCGCUUCAUCCCCGACUCUGUGAAGAACUUUUUCCGCGGCGCGAGCUUACGGGGCAGCAAGAGCAGCUCCUUUCCGCCACCUCCUUCUGAGAUUUUGAACAGCACCACCUCAGGUGUGCCGUGCUCGCCUCCGAAUUCUCGGCCGCCUUCUCCCGGAGCCCCAAGCACGUACCUGGACCCUUACGGAGGCUCCGGGGGUAGCUAUGCUUCGCGGAAGGAGCAGAUGGCCUUGCUCGGAGGGCCGCUGGAGUCGGUGUCGGGUCAGUCGGCGCGCACCGCGAUGACCUACAGCGAGCGGGUGGAGGAAUACAACCAGCGUUAUGCCUACAUGAAGUCCUGGGCUGGGUUGCUGCGGAUCCUUGGCUGCGCUGAGCUCCUGCUGGGCGCCGCCAUCUUCGCUUGCGUCUGCGCGUACGUUCACAAGGACAACGAGUGGUACAACAUGUUCGGGUACACUCAGCAGACCGUCUACGGCGGUGCCUAUGGAGGAGGAGCCAUGGGGAACAUGUACGGUGGAUACGGCGUCGACUACCGGGGACCCAAGACGCCUUUCAUCCUGGUAGUGGCCGGAUUGGUUUGGAUUGUUACGAUCAUCAUGCUCGUGCUGGGUAUCACCAUGUACUACAGAACCAUCCUGCUGGACUCUAGCUGGUGGCCGCUGACCGAGUGCGUGAUAAACGUGGCACUAGGGGUGCUGUUUCUGUCCGCAGCUAUCGUGUACGUGCGGGAUACGGUUCGUGGCGGGCUCUGCUACUACCCUCACUUCAACGCCGGCCCUAACGCCGCCUUCUGCCGCACCGAGGCCGGACAGACGGCCGCCAUCAUUUUUCUUUUCCUCGUCACGCUGCUGUACUUCGUGGGUGCCGUAGUGUGUCUCAAACUUUGGAGGCACGAGGCGGCCAGGAUGCGUCGGGAGGCCCUGGCACAAGAGAUGAAGACUGUUGUUUCGGAUCCCUUGAACAUGAUCGGAGCAGGAUCCAGCGUCUCAGUGCCGGUCUAUAAACCCAACGUUAUGGCCGCGCCUGACAGCAUGGUUGAUGCUGCACCUGUUCCACCUCUCAUGAUGGAGCCAGAGUACCUGAGGGGUCACAUACCGGCCGGACACAUCCCUAAACCAGUGGUCAUUGCGGAUUAUGUAGCGAAGUACCCCACCAUUCGCACCGACGAAGAGAAGGACCAGUACAGAGCCGUGUUUAACGACCAGUACGCCGAGUACAAGGAGCUCCACGCCGAGGUCCAGGUACUGGCUAAGAAGUUUGAAGACAUGGACAGUAUAAUCAACGACCUUCCGUCUCAGCCCUCCAGUCAAGCGGAGCGAGAGAGGAUCAACCAGCUAAUCCAGGAAUACCAGAGGAAGAAAAACGAUCCGACCUACGUGGAGAAGAAGGAGCGCUGCGAGUACCUGAAGAGCAAACUCUCGCACAUCAAGCAGAAGAUCCAGGAGUACGACAAGGUGAUGGACUGGAACGACGGAUACAGUUAAGACGUGCAGGAUCCCAUCAGUCCGCUCACAUGUCGACCAAGAGUGCUCUGAUGCCAUGUGAUGCCACUCACCUCAGGUUUCACCUAUUAGGUUUCUCAGCGAACUCAACAUUACGAAACAUCUCCCUUGUGUUCCUGUGUACCUGCUCUGGUGUUUGUCUUAAUCAAACCGCAUUUAUACUGUAGCUUAUCGAGUUCUUCGUGUCUUGGAACCAGGCGUGUCCCAAUAUUUUUGUUGUAAAUCAUAAUAAACACCAAUAAUUUAACCACAGGUUAUGCUAGUACAAUAAAAAAACAAGAAACGUACACAUUUACUUCAGGCAGCUUGAAUGAAAAGUAGUAACGGUGGUGCCAAAAGUAUGUAGACACCUUUUAUUACUGUAUUACUUUAAUUGAAUUCUGGUGGUUUAGCCUCACCAUGUAUCAAAUAAUAUACGUUCAGUUUUGUGGAUCCAGUGCUCUUUGGACCGAAUGGGCUAAAAUCCCAUAGACACACUCCAAAAUCUUGUGCAAAACUUGCCAGAAGACUGAAGGGUACUGGACUGGUAAUCGGAAGGUUGCCGGUUUAAGCCCGGACACCACCUACUUGCCACUGUUGGGCCUCUGAGACAGGUCCUUAAUUUCUCCUGUAAUUCCUUGCACUGUAAUUGGAUUCUACUGAAAGUCGCUUCAGACUGAAGCAUAGUAUGUAAAUAUUAUCGUGUCCACAUACUUUUGGUUGUAUUGUGUCUAAAGAGCAACAUAUUGGAUACAGUCAGUAAUUGUAUACCCACUAAGGUCAUCUGUAUGUGAGGUGAGCUUUAAAACAGAAACAAUAUGUACAUACCAGAAAGGUGUGCAUACAUGGGUGUUUCAGAGGCUUCAGGACUCCACCGAACCACGUGGAGAGCCAGCUGGGACUUCUACCUUUUAACGCCACUUUCAGGAUUCUUUUUUUAACGCUCGUCUGUCUGUCACGUCGAACUUCAUGUCGGAUCCAUGGCAUUUAAUUUCUCAUCCGAUCACGUGACGAGGUUUAAUGAUUCGAUCCCGACGUUUUAAAAUGUGAACACGUAUUUACAGUUUCUAAAAUGAUUUAUGUUCAGAUGGGAUCAAAUAUUCUGAUCGACGUCUAUCUGUGUGUGAUUUGUAUCUUUUUUUAAAGUGUGUGUGUGUGUGUGUGUGUGUGUGUGUGUGUGUGUGUGUGUGUGUGUGUGUGUUUUUGUACUACCUUUUUUAAUCAGGCAAGUAAAAAGAGAAAUAUGUCGACAUGCUGGCUUGGCUGUUUUCUUACUGUUCUUUCUACACAUACUACAUUGCCGAAAGUAUAUGAACACCUAUGAUUAUCGAGUUCAAGAAUUUCAGCCACACCCAUUGCUGUAUUGGUGUAAAAAUAAUGAUAUAAAAUAAACCAUUACAUUUUA